AUGUCGACACUGAUUUCCUACGCUAAGGCUUUUGGAAUUGGGUAUACGAAGAAUAUGUCCCAAACAGAGAUUGCUGUUCUUGUUGCAAAUCAUUUUGUUUCGAGUAGUAUCGAAGAAAAUAAGGUGAUCCAUGAUUUUUACACAAAGACAGAGAAUGUUAAGCGCAAUCCAACAUCGAGUCUUAGCGAAUCCUCAUCAUAUUCAAUACCAAAGCGCCAGUCAAAGAAACCGAAGAAAUAUGCUCAAUUGGAAGAAACAGCAUGUCAUUACAAUACCAGAAGUCGUUCUGAGAAGAAGGAACGUACUCAGCACUGUAGUUGCGGUAAAGAGGAUAAUGAUGUGAUGGUGGAGUGUGAUAAUCCAGACUGUAAGCACCAAUGGUUUCACUAUGAAUGUGUCGGGAUUGAAAAUCCCGAUGAUCUCCCAAAGAAAUGGUAUUGUCCAGAGUGUCAGAAGUCAAUGAAUAAUAAGUCAUCGUAA